AACGUCAUUAAAGUAUUCUGCAGUUUAAGGAGGCAGUCGUCAUUUUAAAUUCCCCAUGAAGAUGCAAUUGAUCAUACUAGUUUUGGCCAUUCUAUCAUGUGGCCUAGCUGUUGAGGUGACUCUCAAUUGUGAAAAGUGCCUGGCCUCCACCGAUGUCUACUGUAUCAACCAGACUUCAUAUAGAAAUUGUAUAAAAAACGCUCCCAUUGGCAAUGUGAUAAAUUGUCCCACAGGAACAGUUUGCACUAAUUCCGAUGUCGUUUGUGUAAAAAGUUCCGAAUUGCCUGAAAAUAUAGUGGAUGUGUGUGGCACCUCUGGAGGUGGAACAGGAUGUGCAAAGUGUACAACUCAGAAAUUCACUUGUGUCAGCAGAAAUCAAUUCGCUAGGUGUUCUGAUACGACUUUAAUCAACUCAAAUAUCUAUGAUUGCGACACCGAUGAGAUUUGCGUCUCAGAAGCUCUGGAUAAAUACGACAAUAUCUGUGUGCCCUCAUGCGCCAGUAAAUUUUUGAAUCUGAAAGCGUCGUGCAGCAAUAGCGAAUACACGACCACGACAACCGAGGCUCCGACUACUGUAACACCCAGUUCGGAACAGAAAAAAAGUGCCUGCAGUGCGGCAGCAACGGAUCUUAACAUUCCUGCCACCACCAAGUACUUCUUCACAAAAUACAAUGCGGAUACUACCUGCCGCAGUUAUCUUUACUGCGAAAGAAGUGGAACUACCGACUGGAGCAUUGUAUAUAUGACUUGCACUUCGUCCAAACCGUUCUACGAUUCUGCCAAAUCCGUUUGUGUGGCAACUAAACCAUCUACUUGCGCCUAAAUCGACCAGUUAGGAUAUUUUGAACAUGCAUUAUUGUUUAAAUAAAACCGGAUUGUAAAGAAAUUUUUGAACAAGCCUUUUGGUGUAAAAUUCAUAUUGUAACUUAAAAUUUUGUUUAUUUUAAUUACUUAAAUUCGACAGGAAAUGGUAAAAUAUACAAUUAAUAAAUAUCA